CUCUCCAAUAAACUAGACUUAGAUUUAUGGCAUUCAAGAAUGGGUCACCCUUCUCAUGAUGUAGUGAAAAGAGCAUUGACACAUUGUAACAUCCCUUUUUCUGGAAAUGGAAACUCUAUUCCUUGUGUUGACUGCAUGAAAUCCAAAAUGCAUAAGCUGCCUUUCAAUUCAGUUUCUACUUAUUCUUAUGCACCACUUGAACUUAUACGUAGUGACCUUUGGGGGUCUUUACCUUCAGUGUCUCAUAAUGGUUUUAGAUACUAUGUAAGCUUUAUAGAUCAUGCCACUCGUUUUACUUGGAUUUACUUGCUUAAAAAUAAAUCUCAAACCUUACCUGCCUUCACUCAAUUCAAACAGCUUGUGGAAAAUCAAUUAAACAAGAAAAUUAAAGCCUUGCAAACUGAUGGUGGGGGUGAAUUCAUUGGGAUGACUAAUUUUCUUAACCAUGUUGGGAUCAAACACAAAAUCUCUUGUCCUUACACCCCUGAACAAAACGGGUUAGCUGAAAGAAACCAUAGAAAUAUAGUGGAGGUAGGCUUGUCUCUUCUUUCCCAAUCUAGCAUGCCUUUAAUGUACUGGGAUGAAGCCUUCACAUCAGCUGUUCAUUUAAUCAACUUAACCCCCAAGAAAAUUCUUCAAUACAUCACACCUCAUGAAAAGCUCACUGGAACCAGACCAGACUAUUCCCACUUAAGAAACUUUGGAUGCUUGUGUUUCCCAAACCUCAGACCUUUCACAAGGAACAAACUUGAACCCAGAAGUCAGCCUUCUACCUUUUUGGGAUACAGUCCAAAGCAUAAGGGGUAUAAAAUCCUUCUUCCAAACAAAAAAAUCAUUAUCUCAAGGGAUGUGAUCUUCGCUGAUACUGUCUUUCCUUUUGCUCUUCCAGAUAUUCCACCUCACAAUAAACCUGCAACAACUAUGCAUUCUCCAAAUGAUUGUCCCCCAUCCCUUAACCUCAUACCAUUAAUACAUUCACAUGACAAUUCCCCAAAUACUUCCGAUGAACCUUCUUCUUCAACCCCCCAUUCACCUACACACACUCACAACACUACACAACAUUCUUCCACCUCCACACCUGCAUCUAGUCCUCACAGUUCACCUCACACCAUACGUAUUGGGCAGAUCAUUAUAGACUUACCAGUUGAGCAUGCUUCAUCACCUAUGUUGAUACCUAAUU